AUGGAUGAAGAUUUAGAAGAAAUGGCUGCUUUAAGAGCUCUUAAGAAAGGUCAUGGAAAAAUUCCCAUGCAAAAUCAAUUCAGGAAACCCAGUAGUAAAUCUGUUGGUGAAGAUAACAACGAAGACAAUCAACUUAUGAAAGUAAUGGGAAUUUCAGGAUUUGGUAAGAAAACUGCUAAAGUAUUUGAUAUCGAAGAAAUGGUCAAACAAAGUAUAGGCAACACCAGUAGCUAUAAAGAAGCUAAUUUCGAACGUAAAGAAAGCAACUACGAUGAUGAUAGAUCCGAUGCACCAGCUGAAAAUAAGACGGCGGAAUCAGAUGAUAGUGACAUGGACGAUGAAUUCGAUAGAAAUGAAGCUAAUAUCGAGUCUCAAGAUCUAGAAUCAAAGAUACCUACUACUCGUCAUAUAACAUUAAAUCAUGGACGAAAAACGGUCUCUGCUGUUGCUAUUGACCGCGGUGGUGGACGAAUUGCGACUGGAGGCGUUGAUUAUGAUGUGAAACUGUGGGAUUUUGGAGGUAUGGCUGCGGCUCUGCAAUCGUUUCGAACCGUUACACCGUGUGAAAGUCAUCAAAUUAAGUCACUUCAGUUCAGCUCUACUGGUGAUAAGAUUCUGGUUGCAUCUGGCAGUGCUCAAGCAAAAGUUCUCGAUCGAGAUGGCAUGGAAAUUAUGGAAUGUGUCAAAGGCGAUCAGUACUUAUCUGACAUGGCUUCUACUAAGGGACAUGUUGCAAUGCUUCAUCGUGCUUGUUGGGAUCCUUUCGCUAAUGAAGAAUUUAUGACUUGUUCUGACGAUGGAACGUUACGAUUAUGGGACGUCAAUAAUUCUAAAAAACAUAAAACAAUAAUAAAAACGAAGGGCUCAGACGGCAGGAGAACUAUACCGACGACAUGUACGUACAGCAAAGGACGUAGGCUGGUGGCAGGUGGUUGUCAGGACGGUUCACUGCAGCUAUGGGAUCCCAAAAAACCAUUGGUCCGACCUGCCGUCUUGAUUAAAGGAGCCCAUGCCAAUGGCAGCGAUAUUUCUAGCAUAUCUUUUCGCGCUAGUGGUCAAGUUUUGGCAUCUCGUGCAUGCGAUGACACGUUAAAAGUGUGGGAUGUUCGUUCAACCAAGAAACCUUUGUUUGUAGCGAAUGACCUAGUUAAUCUUUAUUCUAUGACUUCGUGCUUGUUUAGCCCAGAUGAAACAUUUCUUGCAACUGGGACAUCAGUUAGGAAGGGCAAAGGGAAUGCUUCAUUAGUAUUUUAUGAUACUACACAUUUUAACAAAAUUCAAGAAAUAAAUAUACCUGAUGCAAGCGUGGUUGCUUGUUUAUGGCACGAUAAAAUUAAUCAAAUCAUGAUUGGUUGCUCCAAUGGAGAUAUUCGAUUAUAUUUCGAUCCGUUAAGGAGCACUAAGGGUGCGAAAUUGUGUGCCAGCAAAUCUACUCGAAAAACUGAUGGUAUCGUAAUGAAUGUCAGGCCAAUAGUAAUUACUCCUCAUGCAUUACCAAUGUUCCGAGAGAGUAAACCGAAAAACGCAAAAAAGGCAGAAGACAAAAAUCGCCAAGAUCCCAUUGCGUCACAUAAACCCGAGUUGCCUGUAACAGGACCUGGUAAAGGCGGCCGUGUUAGGUCUGGCGGUUCGCUAUCAGCCUAUAUCGUAAAAAAUUUAGCAACUGAUCACAUAAAGAAUUUUCAAGAAGAGGAUGCUAGAGCAGCAAUUCUUAAACAUGCCGAGACUGCCAAAGAAGAUCCUUACUGGAUAGCCCCUGCUUAUGCUAUAACACAACCUAAAACAAUUUUUGCUGAACCCGAAGAAGAUGAAAGUGAACAACCUGAAAAUAAAAAAUUUAAACCGUCGUAG